ACGUUCGUUGAAGGCGGUUCGGUAUUUUUGAAGCUCCAUCCUGGCUGGCUUCUUCAAGUGGCAGUAAACGCGCGCGCUGUUUUACGGUUUCCCGGAAGAAAAUUUGAGAUGUGAUCGCGUGGUCGGCUUUUGUGGACUGUGCAACUUUGAUGUCCAAAGAAUGUGAUAACGAAGCGAAGUUGGAGUUUUGAUCAACACGAAAGAGUGGCGAAAUGGAAUAUUUCAAUAAAUCUUGUGAAUUUUUGUACCUAGUGAAUUUGUAAAAAGUGCGGUAGAAAUUGUUAUAGCAUAAUAUGUGAAAAAUGAAUCAAAUUUAAUAGUGUAAUUCGAGCAAGUUAUGUAUAGGAAAAUCAUUAGUGUCACUGUGUUUUUUGUUUUGUAAAUAUUAUCCAGAAUGUGAAACAGUUAUUUAAGGUAAACUAACCUUUUGAAGUAUUUCGAAAAAGAAGUAACGUAACACCAUAACUAGUGGUUUUGUGUUCUACGCAAAAGUGGGUGCACAAAAGUAGGAGCUGUCGCAAUCGUUUCCACCGGAAUGGAGCUUCUGAGCCUGCUGAACGCGACCAAUUCACCGAAAACAUCAAAAACAACAACACCAUUCCUUUCGGCGGACUUUCGACAUCGCCUACGGGACAGCCUGCAGCCUCCGUCGUUAUCCGUGGUCGAGGAAAUAGCCGGUUCGAGUCGAAUACAGAAAUCGGUUCGCACGAUGGAACCGACCGAGGUCACGCGGAUCGCUUUGGAUGUGACGAUCGAUCAGAUCGAUGAGUACGAACCGUACGAGGAACGGCUGGAGACGUACGUCGUGCCGGUGGUGCUGGCCAUAAUCUUCAUCGUCGGGAUUAUUGGCAACGGGACGCUGGUGGUGAUUUUCCUGCGGCAUCGGGCCAUGCGGAACAUUCCGAAUACGUACAUUUUCUCGCUGGCCCUGGCAGAUCUACUGGUGAUUUUGGUGUGUGUUCCCUCAGCCUCGCUCAUAUACAUCCUGGAAUCAUGGCCUUGGGGCGUCAGCGUAUGUCGCAUUACCGAAUGCUUCCGGGAAAUCAGCAUCGGAGUUUCGGUGUUCACAUUGACGGCACUGGCAGCGGACCGGUACUGCGCUAUCGUGAAUCCACUGCGAAAGUUGCAGACACGUCCAAUAACGGUCAUAGUGGCGAUACUCAUCUGGCUGUUGGCGAUCGCCUUCGCAAUCCCGUCGGCCGUCAUCUCCGAUGUGGUGGCCGUGGAAAUUCCGAACAAAACCAUCGAAUACUGCUCACCGUUCGGACAGCGGAACAACGAUUCUGUGGCCUACUCGAAGUACAAAACCGUCAUUAACUCGGCCGUCUACUACUUCCUGCCGCUGUCGAUAAUUGGCAUCCUGUACAUCCUGAUGGCGUAUCGGUUGCAUGCAAGCGCCCGGGAUAUGCCGGGCGAAAAUGCAGGCCUGCAGAGUCGCUCGCAGGCCCGUGCCCGACGGCAUGUGGCCCGGAUGGUGAUUACUUUUGUGGUGGUGUUCAUCAUCUGCUUCCUGCCGCACCACGUGUUCCAGCUGUGGUUCCACCUGAACCCUAACUCCGAGUACGAGUACGACGACUUCUGGAACAUCCUGCGGAUAACGGGGUUUUGCUUGAGUUUUCUCAACUCCUGCAUCAACCCGGUGGCCCUGUACUGCGUUUCCGGUGUCUUUCGGCAGCACUUUCAUCGGUACCUCUGCUGCCGACAGAUGACCGUGCAGCGACGCAUCGGGAUGUCCUCGGCAGGGAACGCUUGCGAGACAAGUUUCGUGUCGACGAUUCGCCGUUCCCAGCACAAUCAUAGCAUCCGCAAGUCGCUCUCGGUGCACUCGGUGCAGAGCACGAAAAGGUGAGACAGCGUCCGGCUGACGGUUUACUGUCAGGGCCAGGGCCAGGGCGGCGGAGGCCACAAGAAUGGUAGCGGGGGGAAGCAGGGCCGGAAAUAGUUGCUGUGGAAGCGGGCCGAUCGGAAUGCCAGGAUCGGGCGGACACUCGGUACGGUCGAAGAGAAGAGCUUUAACGCAGAGCAGCAAUUGUGAAUUGUGCUGACUGAUACGCUCCAGUGAAAGGCAGGCUCAAGUGAUGAAACAGAACUUAAAGGGUUUUGAAGAGGACAAUUAUAUAGGUAUUUUAUGGCUAGAACGAAGCACGCAAAUUUUUGGCCAUGCACGAGCGAAGAGUACGAGAGCAAGUUUAGACGAAUUUUCACCGGUUUCUGAAUGCCUAAGUAAUCGCGUUGCUUGAGAGAAAGAUCGUAUUUAUAAUAUCUGUUCUUGUCGUAACAGGAAAAAUAAAAACAAACGAAUCAUUGUAUAAGGUAUCGAAUCGCAACAAACAACAAUCAAAAUUAUUCGUCCCGUCAUUUGCGCCUUUCUGAUACUAUUUGAAAAAAAGACAUUGCGAAAAACGCUGACGAUUGUAUAGAUGAACAAAAAAAAAAACACUGUGUUACUAAUUAAAUGUGUAGCUCGAAAUUGGUUGACCGAAAUGAUAUUUAUGAAUUUAUUUGCUUGAAAAUAAAUCAAAAAACUAGGAUGUUCUGUGAACGA